AUGAACUUCAGUACUUCAGAGUUAAGACUUCAAACACAAAUAUAUAAAUAUUUUCAUAUCGGAAAUAUGGACAGGUUCGAAUAUAUAGAAGCUCGAUUAUUUGAAGGUGAAAAUUACCUUAAACGUGAUAAAAAUGUAAAAAUUUAUGACGGAGAUGAUAAGUCUCAGUUUGUGGAUGGAGAAGUUGUUCUUACAACCCAUAGAAUCCUUUGGGGUAAACCAGGUGAUAUACCCAAAGGACUAAUAUGUUUGUCACUUCAUUUGUAUUAUGUAUUUUGCAUGGAAGAAGAAAGUGGUGGAGUUUUUGGACUUGGUGGUCCAAAAAGGAUUAUAUUGCAUUUAGGACCUUCACUUCCAGGUAAGAGGCCAGGACCAGCAGUUAUUAGUCAAUAUCAUUAUAUUAAGUUCUCAUUUAAAGAUGGCAUAGACCCUGCUUUUUAUAAAGCAUUAAAUGAGGCAGUAACUACAAAAGCUUGGGAAAGGCAGCAACAAACAGCUUCUACAUUAUCUUCACCGAAUGCUUCACCUAAGCCUUCUAAAGCACCAAUUAAUUCUAAAAUGCGCUUAGGAAUUGUUGGCAUUGAGAGGAGUAUAGAAGAACAUCAUAGAGCAACUGAUGAGAGCAUAAGUGUUGCAUUUCAAGAUUUAAAAAAGUUAAUGGAAAAGGCUAAAGAAAUGGUAUCAAUAUCAAAAACAAUUUCAUCAAAAAUAAGGGAAAAACAAGGUGAUAUAUCUGAAGAUGAUACAGUCAGAUUCAAAUCUUAUCUUAUGAGUUUGGGUAUAGAUGAUCCAGUAACAAGAGAUACAUUCAGGUCCGACUCAGAAUAUUAUAUGGGUCUUGCACAGCAAAUCUCAGAUAUGAUGGUGGCAGUUUUAAUGGAUUGUGGUGGAAUAAUGUCCUUAGCUGAUGUUUGGUGCAGAGUCAACAGAGCAAGAGGCUUGGAACUUGUUUCGCCAGAGGAUUUGCUAAAUGCUUGCAAAUUGUUGCAAACUAUUGAUGCGCCGAUGUCAUUACGUAAAUUUCCAAGUGGUGCCUGUGUACUUCAACUAAGUAGCCACAGGGAUGAGGAAGUAGCAAAGAGUACUAGUCAAUUGCUUGAUGAAAAUGGUUCAUUAACUCCAGUAAAGCUGUCUCAAAUUGCAAAUGUUUCCGUCCUGCUCGCACGCGAGCGCCUUUUUACAACAGAACGCCUUGGCUUAGCUUGUAGAGAUGAAUCCAUUGAGGGCUUAGCUUUCUACCCUAACCUGUUUCUUACUAAAGUC